UUCCCAGUUUGGAAUCGAGUUCAGUUCAUUUUUUUUUUAAACCGAAUCCAAACAUCCAUGUCGUCCCAUUCCACCAACCCCCGCCGUGCCGUCACGAACGCCAUCCUCUCGCGCCAGCCCGUCGAGUCCGAGCACUCUGCCAAGCAGCGCAGCGAGGGCACCAGCGCCUCCAUGCACGACUGGUGGUCGGAAAACUGGGCCGUCAAUGUCUUCACACACGCCGAGAUGAAGAAGCGCGUCCCCAAGAGCGUCUACAAGGAGUUCCAGACCUGCGUCCGCGAGUCGCGCCAGCUGCCCCCGAUCGUCGCCGACGUGAUUGCCAACGCCAUGAAGGACUGGGCUGUCGAGCGCGGCGCCACCCACUUUACCCACUGGUUCCAGCCCAUCCACAUUGCCACUGCCCGCAAGGACGACUCGUUCAUCUCCUUCACUGGCAACGAAGGCAAGACCAUCCUUGAAUUCUCUGGCGGUGAGCUCAUCCGUGGCGAGCCCGAUGCCUCUUCGUUCCCCAACGGCGGCAUUCGCUCGACCUACGAGGCUCGCGGCUACACCACCUGGGACCCCAACUCGCCCGCCUUCCUCGUCAAGAACACGAACGGCCUCACGCUGCUCAUCCCCACCUGCUUCUGCUCGUGGACUGGCGAGGCCCUCGACGUCAAGACCCCGCUGCUCCGCUCGUCCGAGUCGCUCUCGCGCGAGGCUGUGCGCCUGCUCAAGAUUAUUGGCGACCACAAGGUCCGCUCUGUGCACACGACGCUUGGCGCCGAGCAAGAGUUCUUUGUCAUUGACCGUGGCUUCUUCCUGGCUCGCCCCGAUCUCUUGUUCUCGGGCCGCAGCGUCAUUGGCGCCAAGCCCCCGAAGGGUCAGGAGAUGGAGGACCACUACUUUGCCACCAUGCCCCCGCGCGUGAUGGCCUACAUCCAGGAGGUUGAGCAGGAGCUGUGGCUCAUGGGCAUCCCCACCAAGACCCGCCACAACGAGGUCGCCCCCGGCCAGCACGAGAUGGCUCCCAUCUUUGAGGACUCCAACCUCGCUGCCGACCACAACAUGAUCAUGAUGGAGGUCCUCCGCGACGUUGCCACCCGCCACAACCUCACCUGCCUGCUGCACGAGAAGCCUUUCGCCUACGUCAACGGCUCUGGCAAGCACAACAACUGGUCGAUGGCCACCGACUACGGCGUCAACCUCCUCGAGCCCUCCAAGAGCCCCCGCGACAACAUGCCCUUCCACGUCUUCCUCGCCGCCGUAAUCCGCGCCGUGGACGCCCAUGCCGACAUUCUCCGCGCCUCCAUUGCCACGCCCGGCAACGACUUCCGUCUUGGCGCCAACGAGGCUCCUCCGGCCAUCAUGUCCAUCUACCUCGGCUCUGAGAUUGACGAGCUCGUCCGCGAGCUCAUUGCCUACGACGACAAGUCCGAGCCUUCCGCUGCCGGCGGCCGUGGCGCCGACGGUCGCCCGAGCCUCUCCAAGAUGGUUUCCGAGCUCAACAUUGGCGGCACUGUCGCUCCUUUCAAGCGCGACCGCACCGACCGCAACCGCACCUCUCCUUUUGCCUUCACUGGCAACAAGUUUGAGUUCCGCGCUGUCGGCUCGUCCCAGAACGUCGGUGCCACCGUCACCAUCCUCAACACGAUUGUUGCCGACGCCAUCCGCAGCAUUGCCACCGAGAUUGAAAAGACUGCCGCCGAGGGCAUUGAGCUCCCCAAGGCCAUUCGCCGCGUCGUUCGCGACAACCUUCGCAAGCACGAGCGCAUCAUUUUCAACGGCAACGGCUACUCGCAGGAGUGGGUUGUCGAGGCUGAGAAGCGUGGCCUGCCCAACCUUCGCGAGACUGUCGCCGCCCUCUCGCAGUUUGAGAGCGAGAAGAGCAUCCGACUUUUCGAGUCGCUCCGUGUCUUCUCUGCUUCCGAGAUCAAGUCCCGCAAGAAUGUCUACUUUGAGCACUAUUGCAACACGAUCAACAUUGAGGCUCAGUGCGCCCUCAACCUGAUCAACGCCCACGUCAUCCCUUCGGGCGUCAACUACCAGACUCAACUCGCCACCUCCAUCAAGAGCGUCAAGGAGCUCAACCCUGCCGCCAAGCUCGAGGAGCAGACCCGCCGCCUCGGUGACGUGACCCUUCACGUCGAGGGCGCCCUCCUUGCCUCCAAGAACCUCUCCGAGAAGCUUGCCGAGCGCCACAAGCACCACGAGUCCCCCGAGCAGCACGCCAUCUUCUUCCGCGAUGUUAUCAAGCCAUGCAUCACUGAGGCUCGCGUGCACAGCGAUAAGCUCGAGCACCUUGUUCCUGACGAAGUCUGGACUCUUCCCAAGUAUUCCGACAUGCUCUUCCUCAAGUAAAGAAAGGGGCUCUUUCCACCCGUCUCUGUGCCUCGUCGCUGUUGUUUCGUGAAUGAAUGUAUCUAGAUUUUAAUGUUGUGGUUGUUUCUCAAUACAAACAAGAAAAAAGAAAAAAAAAUCAAACCAGAAAAGCAAA